GGAGGGUCUGGUUGGCACCCUUGCGGUCACGGCCUCACUCAGCGCUGACACUGUGCCUCGGGCGGACCCCUCGCUCUCCCGCCUGCUCCCUCUCUCCCACGCUGCAUCAACGCAGAGAUGGCAGUGCGAAGGAGAUUUUAAGAGAUGAUUUCGCCUGCAUCGGAGUAGCAUACGUUAUCACAGGUCACGUGCUACGGAGUAAAUAGAUGCAAAAACAGAGUGACGCUUGGCUUAGAUCGCGUUCCUGCUUGAGUCUGCCCACGGGUCCUCUCCUCACCGAAGACGUCAAUCAUUCCUCCUCUAGCUGAUUUUCAAGAUGUGCCCUCACAAAGGAAGCAAGAAUGAGAGCUGUGCCGAGAACCUGCCGGCCAGUCUCCCCCCCGACACCGAGAGUGCAAAGGGCAAAGCCAAGAAGAUUCCUCAGGUGUUAGCGUGCAUAGCGGCCGCUCUUGGCACCCUGUCGUCAGGCGCUGUAAACGGUUGGUCCGCUGGCACGUUAACUUCUCUCGACGCUGACCCGGAUAUAACGAUGGGAACCGCAGAGACUGCAUGGGUGGCGAGCAUCAUCUCGGUGGGGUCCCUCGCCGGCAGCGUGGUCGCAGGCAGGGUCAUGGACAAGCUGGGUCGCCGGACAACCCUGCUGGCGAUGGUGCCAAUGCUCCUGCUGGGUUGGCUCACGAUGGCACUCUCUCCCAACUUCGCCGGCGUGUUGGCGGGGAGGGCCGUGUGCGGCGUGGCGACGGCCUUCCUGUUCUCCACGGGGCCGGUGUACUGCAGCGAGAUCCCCGAGGCGCAGAUGCGCGGCCGCCUGGGCUCCGUGCCGUCCCUCUUCAUCACCUUCGGCGUCGUCCUGUCCUACCUGGCGGGCGCCUGCUUCUCGUGGCGCGUCAGCUGCUACGUCUGCUGCGUCCCCGCCGUCCUCAUGUUCGUGGCGAUGUUGUUCGCGCCCGAAACGCCCUACUGGCUGCUGCUGAAGGGGCGGAGGGAGGACGCGGAGAAGGUCCUCCGGCGGCUGCGGGGCCCCGAGUACAACUUCGACGCCGAGAUCGAGGAGAUGGAGAAGAAAAUGGCGUCCGUCGGGAAGAAGAUGGAAUACCGCGAGCUGUGGCGGCCGCGCACGCGCAAGCCGUUCUUCAUCUCGCUCUUCAUGAUGACUCUGCAGCAAGUGAGCGGAGGAAACGUGCUCAUGAUGUACACGGGGACCAUCUUCCUGUCCGCGGGCGUGGAGAACCAUCGCCUCGCCACCGUGUACACGGGCAUCGUCCAGAUCAUCUUCACCGUGCUGUGCGUGCUGCUCGUCGACCGCAUCGGACGGCGCCCCUUCCUCGUGCUCUCGACGAGCGUGAUGGGCCUGGCCACCAUCAUGCUCGGCGUCUACUACCUCAUGAACGACGUGGUCGGUCUAGCGUGGCCGAGCUGGGUGCCGCUGGCGACGGUGCUGGUGGCCGUGUCCGGGUACUGCCUCGGCUGCCGCACGCUCCCCUGGCUCCUCUCGGCCGAGCUCUUCAACACCACUAUCAGGUCGACGGCCAACUCAGCCAGCCUCUUCUACAACCGCUUGCUCAACCUCGCUGUGAUACAGGUGUACCCGUUCUUCGCCGAAGCGGCAGGUGCUCACACCGUCUUCUUCGUGCACGGCAGCUUGUGCCUGAUAUGUGCCCUCCUGUCCCUCCUGAUGGUGCCGGAGACCAAAGGAAAGAGUCUCGAGCAAAUCCAAGAGUACUUCGAAAGCCAGGCCGCCAAGAAAUCGGCUCGUGACGCAGAGAAAUCGAGACAUAAAGGCGAGGCGGCUGGAGGGGGGGAAGGGAACAGGGCUUUCCAGGCAGAAGCGUGAGGGGAAACAGGGACACAUCCCGAGUCAAAAAGCGUAUGCAUGAGCGAGUGAAUGUGUGCACGAAAUACAUUACGAGGGACAGGCGCGAGUGAAAACCAGAGCCCUGAGUUCAGUCUGAGAACGGCGAUCAGGGAGCCUGGUUUCAGCAUUCGUGAUCAAAACCCAUCAUCACACGUAGCAGUAAGGCACUUAUCUAGUUUAAGUAUAUAUAUAAAUCUAUAUCGAUAUAAUUAAGUUUGAUAUAAAAGUAAAGACGA